AUGAGGCUUUUCCUUUGGCUGCUGCAGGUGAAUGCAUGGAUUGCUAUUACUUCGGCCGUUUCCCAUUCUGACAGCGCGAACAAUUCAGCGCUCGGGACUCGUGCUGCGGGGGGAUAUCGCUCGGUGGCCUAUUUUGUCAACUGGGCAAUCUACGGCCGCAACUUCAAUCCUAGUGACCUCCCUGUCGAGAAGUUGACGCAUGUGCUGUAUGCCUUUGCGAAUAUACGCCCCGAUACCGGGGAGGUAUACAUGACGGAUUCUUGGGCGGAUGUAGAAAAACAUUACUCCGGAGAUUCCUGGGACGAUGAAGGAAACAAUAUUUACGGCUGUGUCAAACAGCUCUUCCUUCUCAAACAAAAGAACCGAAACCUGAAGGUGCUUCUGUCCGUCGGCGGAUGGACAUACUCCGCGAAUUUUGCUCCUGCGCUGAGUACUGCCUCUGGCCAGGCAACCUUUGCGUCAUCUGCCACGAACUUGUACCCUGCCAGCGAUACCCAGGCCAAUAACAUGGUCUCUACGCUUGAACAGCUGCGUACGUCGCUAGAUACCUAUAGUGCUGCAAAUGCGAACGACUACCACUUCUUGAUCACGGUUGCCUGCCCAGCCGGUCCAACAAAUUAUGCAAACCUUCAUGUAGGCGGGAUGGAUACUUACAUUGACUUCUGGAAUUUGAUGGCCUAUGACUAUUCCGGUAGCUGGAGUACAGUUGCUGGGCACGACGCCAAUGUUUACGUUUCGACAGCCAACCCAUCCAGCACUCCGUUCAAUACUGACCAGGCCGUAGCCUACUACACAUCCAAAGGAGUGGCAACUGACAAAAUCGUGCUGGGUAUGCCUCUUUAUGGUCGAUCUUUCAUGGGCACAGCGGGACCAGGCAUGCCUUUCACUGGGGUAGGCAGUGGCAGGUGGGAAAACGGCGUUUGGGACUACAAGGCACUGCCCCUGGCUGGAGCUGCCAUCGAUUACUUAUCGCAACCGCUUGCUAGCUACAGCUACGAUGAAGCGAAUCAAAUGAUGGUCAGUUACGAUACUCCUCAAGUUGCACGUGAUAAAGCCCAAUAUAUCAUGACCAAAGGACUUGGCGGGGGGAUGUGGUGGGAGAGCAGUGGCGAUAAGAAUGGCACUGACAGUUUGAUCACAACGGUUGUUGACACUUUCGGGAUUCUGACUGAAUCUUGGAACGAAUUGAAUUAUCCCACCUCCUCGUACGAUAAUCUGAGAGCGGGGUUUCCGUCUAGGUAG